AUGUUCCAGGCCCCUAAUGGGAGUGCGACAUACGACCCAUUGAGCGGCCACGACCUACCUGCUGAGGAGCUUCCGCUACCAAGUUCCUUCAAAUGGGGAACAGCUACAGCCGCUUACCAGAUCGAAGGAGGUGCGAAAGCUCAUGGCAAAGGACCAUCCAUUUGGGAUGAGUACACACACCGGACUCCCUCUCGGACCAGUAAUCAGACUGGCGAUGUUGCCUGCGACCACUACAACCGUGUGACGGAAGACAUCGAUCUAAUGAGCUCCUUUAACGUUGAUGUCUAUCGCUUCUCUCUGUCGUGGUCGCGGAUCAUUCCCCUCGGCGGCCGUGAUGAUCCAAUCAAUGAAGAAGGCAUCGCUUUCUACAAUAAUCUGAUCGAUCAAUUACUGAUCCGCAAGAUUGAGCCUUCAGUUACGCUAUACCACUGGGAUGCUCCCCAGGCAUUAUAUGACAGAUACAAUGGUUUCCUCGACACCGCCGAGUUUUGCGCCGAUUUCCUACGUUAUGCACGCCUUUGCUUCGAGCGCUUCGGCGACAGAGUCAAACAAUGGACCACCUUCAACGAGCCUUAUAUUAUAUCUAUCUUUGGCCAUCUGAACGGCACAUUGGCACCCGGACACUGCGCCCAGGACGGCUUCGACACCAAGCAUGCCCCGUGGCGUGUUGGCCACACCCUCAUCAUAUCCCACGCAUCCGUCGUCCAGCUCUACACGAAAGAAUUCAAGUCGAAGCAGCAUGGUACCGUCUCUAUCGUCCUGAACGGCCACUUCUACGAGCCCUACUCACAGAGCGAGGCGGAUAAACAGGCCGCCAUCACGAGGCUCGAAUUCUUCAUCGCCUGGUUUGGCGACCCCAUCUUCCUGGGCACUGAUUAUCCCCAAUCGAUGAGGGAUUACCUCGGUGACAGGUUGCCAGCGUUCAACGACGAGGAGAAAGCCCUACUCCGCAACACAGCACGUUCGAACGGAUUUUACGGUAUGAAUCAUUACUCUACGAAGUACGCGCGCGCUCUAACUAGCCCGCCUGCUGACGACGACUGGACUGGGAAUAUCGAGGAAGGCGCGGUGAAUGCGGACGGUACGGAAAUCGGGCCUGUGUCUCAGAUGCCGUGGUUGCGAGUGGCGCCGGAAGGGUUUAGGAAGCUCUUGCGUUGGGUCUGGAAUCGUUAUCAUCUGCCUAUCAUCGUUACGGAGAAUGGAUGUCCUUGUCCUGAGGAUAGUGUGGAGGCCGCUGUGGACGAUACGUUCCGCCAAAGAUACCUGGGGCUGUAUAUUGAUGCCAUCUCCCGAAGCAUAUAUGAAGAUGGCGUACAAGUCACAGGUUAUUAUGUUUGGACUCUCAUGGACAAUUUUGGUAAGUGA